GCAAACAUUUUUAAUCUUAUUAGAAAUGGCCAAGGUCAAGAAAACCACUCAAGUUUCAUUAUUUUCUUGAUUUACGUCUAAAAAGAAAUCCUCGAUUCCAAGACCAGUGCCAGUCAUGUGCAGAGAGAAGAUCGAUAAGGUGAACAGAACUCUGUCCAGAUCUAUAUCUGGCUGUGGAAAGCGUAAAAGUUCCAGAAAUUUGAGCAAAUCACGGGAUUCAGACAUCUCCUUGGAAAACCAGGUGAGCAGUGUUGUUACUAGAAGCAAAUCUCGUGGAGCCUUCAAAAAGAGGGAGAAAAAGGCUCAAAGCAAAUCUAAAGCAAGAAAAAGUGUCAGAUUUUUGGAGAACAAAACUAUUUAUGACUACACUCUCUCCUGUAAAGACACAGAAGUUCCUUCUGAGUGUACUAAUGCUGAUAUAUUCGGUCUGAGAAAGAAUAUGCUAACAAAAGAUAUUCAGAUAGAAAGGACUUCUAAUGAUAAUUUCCCUCAAAAACAACCAAAAAGAAAGAAAAAUACUAAAAAGGAGCCAGUAGAAGAGGAAAAAAAGAGGAAGACCUCAAAAGUUUCCUUAAAUCUAUCCCUCCUAGAUGGUAAGAGACAACUUAAAGGCGGGAUUACAAAGAAAAAGACAUUCAGACAAGUCCUUUGAAAUCAGUGAAGAAGACAAUAGCGAUAGUGAAGAUGACUGAGACUCAACAGAUGAAGUAGUCAAAAGA